CUUUGGCUUUAGAAGGGACCCGGAAGCAGGCGGUGAUUGGCUGUUCCUAUCCUGCCGGAACUUCCGGUGGGCCUGCUCGAGGCCUCCAGGCGGCUGAAGGGAAGCAACAGGCUUCGGGGAAGAAACCCGACCGAGGGUCUUCUUUGCCGGCAUUCUGGUGGUCCAGCAGAAUCACUUCUCUCCCUAGCCUGCGUCUUCCUGGGUUUGCAACAAUGGUGUCUGUCACAAUGGCAACAUCAGAGUGGAUCCAGUUCUUCAAAGAAGCUGGGAUUCCCCCAGGACCUGCCGUCAACUAUGCUGUCAUGUUUGUGGAUAACAGGAUCCAGAAGAACAUGUUGAUGGACCUCAAUAAGGAGAUCAUGAAUGAGCUGGGCAUCACCAUUGUUGGGGACAUCAUUGCGAUCCUUAAGCAUGCCAAAGUGAUAUAUAGACAAGAAAUGUGCAAAGCUGCAACAGAGUCAGUGACCUCAAAUCAAGCCACCUUGCAGUCCGAACUCCGCAGAAAUGCCAACAGUGCUGCCACCCGGAUGAUUGCAAACAGCUUGAGUCGGGACUCUCCUCCUUCCACUCCUGUUCGGAGACCCGACAGCAAUGCCUCUAAAAUUUCUGUCACAGUCUCCAACAAAAUGGCUGCAAAGAAUGCCAAAGCAACUGCCACUCUCAGUAAUCCUGGGACCGAAAAUUCCACAAUCCCAGUGAAGCGGCGCCGUGUCACUGCAGAGAUGGAAGGGAAGUACAUUGUCCACAUGCCAAAAGGAACGACACCCAAGACCAAGAAGAUCCUGGAGCAGCAGGCAGCAAAAGGCCUACAGAGAACGUCGGUUUUUGAUCGGCUUGGUGCAGAAACCAAUGCAGACACAACUACAGGAAGUAAACCCACAGGAGUGUUCAGCCGGUUGGGGGACAUGCAGGAGGCAGAGGAAGACAAAGUGAGUGAGGAUGAUGAUGAUGACAGCUCUGUCUUGCAAUAUGCCGGAGUGCUGAAGAGAUUCUCCAAGCCACCCAAGACCAAAGAGAGUUCCAAAGCUGGGGUGACAGUUAAAGCAAAAGCCACCAGCUCCGAGCCCAAGGCAGCAGUCACUCCUGUCCUGUCUACUGCCAUCCAGCGGCUAGUGAAAAAGGGUCCAGCAGGCCCUAUGGCUCCCAUCAAGGAAAAGAAGCCAGUGUUGCCUCCACCAAGCUAUCCUGCCAAAAGACUGGGCAAACACUCUCUGCCCACUGAAGCCCAGGAUAGCAGAAUCACCAGCUCCAGGAGCAAGCCUGACUCCAGGUUCCGGAUCACUAUCAAGAGAACUUUGGGGAGCUCAAAGGUAAGCAGCACCACGGAGGCUCCCAGCGCCCAGAUGGACAACACAGAGACAGUCAGCGUCUUUAAAAGGCUGGGCAGGAAGACUGUAUGAGCCCCACCUUGCAUGUUGGCCACAAGUAUGUUGUGGAAUCCUGAUUGGAGGGGGUCUCCAGGCAAUUUGAAAUCCAUGUGUUUGGUUCCUUUCAUUUUCACCCCUAGUUCAGCAACCCACCCUUCAUGUCAGUGUGCACCACAAAUGUGCUGUUGUGGUUCUUCUGGGCUGAUCAGUCUUGGUGAGGACUCAUUCUGUCCAAUUAUUAGGGUGGGCUCAGCCUUUCAUGUUUGAGCAGGUCAGGGGGAAGGGAGCUAUGUGUAAUCCGUAACACCAGAGCAGGGCAAAGACUGAGCAUGGUCCAGAACGGAGAUGAGAACAGAUAGCAUCUUGGAGAGAAAGCAAGACAUCCUUGCAUAAGCUUGAGGGGAUCCUAAACAUCCCUUUCUGUUGUUUUUUUCUCUGCAGGUCUUUGCAUCUUCCUAGGAAGUAGUGUCUCCUUGAGGGACUCCGUAAGAGAGGCAAACACUGGGCUUGUGAGAUGCAGGAGAGGCCUUUAUCCUUGUCCUUCCUUCUUUCCAUCAUCUUUUCAUUCUUCCCUUCCUGAACUUUUCAUCUGCUGGGUCCUGGUAUAUCUGUAAUCCAGGAAUGGCAACAAAAUAGUUACUGGUAAAUUCCCUUCGGGGGUCCCCGGAUCAGUGCAUUUAGUAAACACUGUCCCAGUGCCAAAUCUGAUCACAUGGUGGACAUAGCAGAAUUCUGGUUGCUUCUCUUUAGGUUGCCAUGUUUUGUGCUGCCCAUUCUCUGGCUUUAGUUGCUGCAUGUUGGAUACAGGAUACAGUUCAGUGGGGGCCAUCAUGCCACAUUGGUUGAUGCCAUUUUUCCGGCUCAGAUUACUGAAGUGCUCUAUUCUGAUUGGAAGGGUGAUCUUUCCCUCCCAGAGCACUUUCAGUUAAUUCCCUGAGCAAACCAGAGACACAAUCAGAUCAGAAAUUGUUCCUGUUAAUUUGAGAGCAAAGCCCCUCUUACAAGGUCCUACCCACAUAAAUGUGAGCUUAUAUAUACAUGCAGUAUUAAAGAUAUUUAGCUGUCAGGAUUUGGAAAUCUGAAAGGCCCGUGGCAGGGAGCAGAAGAGGAGGAAAACACAUGGUAGACCCUCUUCUAGGGCUCCUGCUCCAUGACUUGCCUCCUGUUAACUUUUAGCAGCCAUAUGUGGAGAGAAAGGAGCAGCAGCAAAGGACCUAAAUCAUUGGGGUUAGCGGGUGUUAGGUUGUCUGUGCCUGCAACCUUAAUCUGAAGUUGAUGGUUAUCAGUUACACAAUUAAGGACCUAGGAGACUUUGGGAUACCUGGGCAUUGUGUGUGUCGUGUAGGAGCCAUAUUUAUUCAAGCCGGGUGUGUCUUAACUUUGUGUGUUUUCCACCUUAAGGAUGGUAAAUUCUCCCUUCUGUUUAUGCAGGAGCCUCCAAAGGACAGCAGUUUAAGGUAUGCAGGGUAUCUCCUUUUCAGGUUGUCUUUUUGUCAACACAAUUCAGUAGUACGAGAUGGUGGCUUUGAGUGAUGCAGCCAUCCUUUUGUUGACAUGGAGCUUGACUAUUGCAGUGAAUUUGUUUUGUUGGCAAACAGGAUAUUGACCAGGCCUGCAGGAUAUGUACAUUCUUUCCUUCUCCCUUCCUUCCUUCUUUCCUCCCUCCGUCCUUCUUCUCUCUCUUGUUCCACCCAGCAAGGCAUCAGGAUAUUGGGGUAGAUAUCAGGCCUUAAUUUUGCUUUGUGACCACUCUUUCCCUCUUGGCUUCCUCCCCAGCAGCCACUGCCAGAGCAACAUUCUUUAAAUGGGCUUCCAAUUUGUCCUUAGAUAGAAACCACUUCCUUUUGAGGUCCUGGGGUAUCUUUGCACUUAUUUAAAACUAGGCAUCUACUCCCAUGAAUUCUGCCAUGAACUGUUAGAGAACAUGUUUCUUUACUCUAGAAGAUAGGUAGUAGUCAUGUUGGACCAGUGAUUUUUUGGAGAGGUUUAUUAAAUAAUUUUAACAGUGCUGGAAAACUCACAAAAUAAUUACUAACUGGGGGGAGGGGUUUUUUUAACCCUACUUUUUGAGUCAAGGAAAUUUGGGUGUAGCCUUGUACUAUUUUUUUGGAGUCAGUUAUAUUGGAAAGGGGGAGAAGCUCUUCCCUCUUGUUGUCUGAAUUUGUCCAGGACCUCUCCAGCAGAGGUCACAAACACUCUCUUGCAAUAAAAGUGUCUCUCCUCUUUCAUA